UGUCAGACUGUUCGCCGGGAACUGUCAUCUCUGCCCUGCUGAAGCUUCCGUGACAGGAAAAUACAGAAGCAGAAUAUUAUCUCUCUGAUAAACAACAGAGGAAGCGCAAUCAUGGACAGCGAUGAUGACAACAUAGAGGAAAUGGUGGAAGGACCACUGGAUGAGGAUGACCAGCCUCAUGGUUUCUGCACUGUGACUUACUCCUCCAGCGACAGAUUUGAGGGACACUUUGUUCAUGGGGAGAAAAAUGGAAAAGGAAAAUUCUUCUUUUUUGAUGGCAGUAGGUUGGAGGGUUUCUAUGUGGAUGAUGCUUUGCAGGGCCAGGGCAUUUAUACUUACGAGGAUGGGGGAGCAUUACAUGGGACUUACGUAGAUGGCGAGCUCAGUGGACCUGCUCAAGAGUUCAAUCCAGAAGGUCAGCUGGUCUUCAGGGGCCAGUACAAGGACAACAUUCACUAUGGCAUGUGCUGGAUCUACUACCCGGAUGGUGCCUGUGUGGUUGGGCAAGUGAAUGAAGAUGGAGAGAUGACUGGAAAGUCUGUGGCUUAUGUUUAUCCUGAUGGGCGUACAGCUCUGUAUGGCUCCUUUGUUGAUGGAGAACUGAUUGAGGCCCAACUUGCCACUCUUACCACCCAAGAGAACAGCCGACCACACUUCACUGUUGAUCCAGAUAGUCCUGUUUACUGCUACGAUAAAUCCACCUUGUCAUGUAUCGCUGGUCAUAAACUGUUGCCUGACCCCUACGAAAGUCAACGUGUGUAUGUUGGACAGUCACUUAUUUCCGGAGCUGGAGAAGGGCUGUUUACAAAAAUUGAGGCUGAGGCUAACACAGUGAUGGCUUUUUAUAAUGGUGUUCGCAUUACACAUAUAGAGGUGGACAGUCGUGACUGGUCCCUGAAUGGGAACACUAUUUCAUUGGAUGAGGACACUGUGAUUGAUGUUCCGGAACCUUUCAAUCUGACGAAGAAUUAUUGUGCAUCUCUAGGUCACAAGGCCAAUCACUCCUUCACUCCCAAUUGCAAAUAUGAUCCGUACAUCCAUCCUCGUUUUGGGCAAAUAAAAUGCAUCCGAACAAUCCGUGCUGUGGAGAAAGAUGAAGAACUCACCGUUGCAUAUGGUUAUGACCAUGAGCCAUCAGGGAAGUCUGGUCCAGAGGCACCAGAAUGGUAUAGAAAGCAACUGCUGGAGUUUCAGCAGAGGGAGUAUGGAAAAGAUGCUGAAGAGACCUGCUAAGACUCCUCUCACCAAAGCUGUCCUGAAAAAACAU